AUGCAUCCCCAUCUGCAUACCAAAGACAACUUCGAGUGCGAAGACAUUAUGGUUGCCCUUGAAGAGUGCCACGCAAAGGGCUUCUUGUUCAAAUCUCUGGGUGGGUGCAACGACGCAAAGAACAAAGUCAGCGAGUGCCUCCGCGGUGCGCGUGCAAGCCGUACUGCGGCGAACCGGGCCGCAGCAAAGGCGAAGCGCGAGGAACGCGAGAACCGGAUAAAAGAGCUCAACAAGUCGCUCGGUCUCGACUAG